UGUGUCGGCUUGACAGCUAUCCCAGAUACAAAAGAGAGAAACCCAGAAAUAGACAGACGGUUGGAAAAGAAGCUGAAGAUCACACAGAAGGAAAGUAGAAAAUCAAAAUCUCCUCCUAAAGUGCCGAUUGUGAUUCAGGACGACAGCCUUCCUUCAGGUCCUCCCCCGCAGAUCAGGAUCUUAAAGAGGCCUACAACGAACGGCGUGCUUAGUAAUCCCAACUCCACUACCAGACCAGCGUUCCCUGUGAAGUCCUUGGCGCAAAGGGAGGCGGAGUACGCAGAAGCCAGAAAACGAAUAUUGGGCAGCGCGAGCCCUGAAGAGGAGCAGGAGAAACCAAUUCUGGAUAGGCCAACAAGGAUCUCCCAGCCGGAAGACACCAGGCAGCCCAAUAAUGUGAUUAGGCAGCCACUGGGUCCCGAUGGUUCACAAGGCUUCAAACAACGCAGAUAAACGUGGGCAAGAGAUCAUGCUGCAGAAAGCAGGGUCAGCCGCCACGGGUUGCACUGCCGUGGUGGACAAAUGGACUUGAGCAAAGGGAACUACCUGGUUUACUUGCACUGUGAUCCCCUUUGCUCUGCCCACUGUGACCUUCAAACCCCAUGCACUGUGACCUCCCCGCUCCACCCACUGUGAUCGGCAUACCGACAAGGGCUGUCCCAAGUCACUGUAAAAGGAAAGGGGAGGGGGAGUAUAAAGGACUCGAACGGGUGCAGAGUGUCGUGUGUGCCACUUUGGUUGAAGCUAGCGCCAGCAAUAAUGUUUGUUGUACUCAUAACCUGGGAUUUAAGGAAAAAAAAAAAGUGGGAAGCCUCCCCAGAUGCGCAUGUUGUCUUUAUCACUUUAAGAGCAAGUUCUGUUUCAAAGGAUCUCUUUUUGUUUUCUGUUUGUAUAUCAGAUCAACUUUCAAUGGAGUGCAUGGAAAGGGUUUUAACUGUUUAGUUUGUUUUAAUUGAGAGAGGUAGUUAAGUGUUCUAAAAGGAGUUUCAAUGAAUUUCUGCAACAUUAAUGGCUAGGAUUUGGCAAGCUUAGCUUCUUGUUCUGUAUUUCUGCUGCUGCCAAGCAAAUGGAAGUGGACUCCCGGAUACCUAGGCUUUCCGAUUGCCUUGGCCUUGGAAGCCAGUGGAGGCUGAUGACCUAGUUUACAUAUUGCACCUGUUAAAGCUUGGCUAGUGUUUUCUGCUGGCUUGAGGAAAAACUUAAAAUACAUCUUUGCGUAUUUGGGGAGAAGGGAAUGUGGACAGAUCCCAUGAAAAUGCCUACUGCCCAGUUACUGUUUGCGGCAAGGAGAGCAGGGCGGUGAUGAGCUAGGGCUCUGUUGCAUCUGGACUUACAGGCUAGGAAGAGAAUAGUCAGUGCUGCGUGGCUCUCUUCUGGUCCAUGAAAUACAUGGUAAAGGAGUCCCGCUCUGUAAAGCCUGUGCUUGUCAAGUGGCUGACGUAACGGCAGGGGCAGGACGACCGCUGCUCCAAGGGUUUGAACCUAAGUGGCUUAUGAUGGACCGAAGGCUCUGAUCUCUCGGUUACGGUACAAGCCAGUGCUGUACCUGAUGCAUUUACUUCUAGAAAUCACAGACGUUGGGAACAAAAUGCGUUCAAUAAAGUUUGGAAAACUCCCUGUCUUCAAGCAUUGUGGGUGGUAACAGCUGGCUUUCUGCCAGGCUGCAGGGAACUGAUUGCUUUUGCUCCUCCAGCCCCCAGAAAAGAGGACAGGGUCUGAGGCAGGGAUUCCAGCUUGCAGUCUGAAAACUUUCCAGGAUGAUAGCUGCGGAGGAGAAAUACCAGGUACCACCAAACGUGCUUACUGUAAGACACUGUUGAAUAUGGAUACUUUGCUUGUGCCCGAUGCUGUCUGUCGUAUUGCAUUGUCUAACUCUCUGUACCCUAGACAAGAAAGCUGACCUACUCUUAAUAUUACUGUCUUGAGGGAUUAGAUGAACACUAAUGCUCUUUUUGGAGGGAACGUAAAGAACGCCGCUUGUGCGCAAGCGACUCCAGGCUUAGAAGUGUUUCUGCAUGUUGCUAGGAUCUCUCACUGUAGACGGACCUGCCUGGCGGAGGAACGGGCUGUACCGUUCGUGACCCCUGGCUGCCGACACGGAAGGCUUUAGACGGUUCCUUUGGCUGAAACAGCUGUGGGCUGGCUGAUUGCUAUGUUCUCAGAAGCUAGAAUAUCACUUCUGGUUACUGGAGGAUGUGUUCUGUACAGGUGCGGUGUUGCCUACUGUGUGGCUCAGUAGGUUGAACAGUAAACAGCCAAAUCUAACAACUUCUGCCUGAAAAGAAGCAAACGUACAGAUCAUCUUCCACCCUGCGUUGUAUGGGAGACUCCCAUAUGAUAAACCAAGACAUGUAUGGAAAUACAGUUUAAAAAAAAAAAAAAAAAGAGAGAAAUUACUGGUAAAAUAAAACUACCUGUGUACAAAGAUGGAAUCUGCUAGAACCUUAAUCUGCUAAUCGAGUCUGUGCCACCCUCCACCGUGAGCCCCAAAUCAGGUGAGCCCUCAACGGUUGGUACAGGAUGACAUUACUUACUCUGCUGUAAGGUGGGAAAGAUAACCGCAGAUGGGCAGAAGUCUGGUCGGACCAGGAGUUUGGCCCAAACCUUUGUGUUCUUAGGAGGCCGUAGUCUUAACGUUUACUGAACUCCCUCUCAGGUAGGGCUCGGGUUGUGCUGCGAGGGCGUCUGUAGUAAAAGUCCCCGGGAAGAGCAGCUCAGCGAGGGAAGGGUCGGUGGAUCAGGGAGCGGGAAGGGAGAAAGACAUUAGCAAUAACUGUAGUCACCACGCCUUUCCUUAACUAUUACUCAAAAUAGCUUUUACUUCAGAGGGCCAGCUGCCGGCAAAAAAGCUCCUGACGUAGCAUCGGGUACCUUGCUGACGUUAGAAGUCUUCUCCCUGCAAGUCAGGUGCCUGCGAUCCUUGCUAGUUGCACAUCAGACCUUGUUCUCCAGCACCGACCUCGCGUAACUAAUAGACGAUUCAGUAGGGGCCGGGGGGCGGCCGCGGCGCCCUUCUCCAGCUUAUCUGUCCCUAGAGCGGGAUGAGCCAGGAUGCUUCCGACCUGCGGGCAGGGGGAGA